CCAUCCGCGAGCUGCGUAAAAGCCAGUCGCGGGGCAUCUCUUUGCGCAACAAGACGUACCGCCGAUCAAUGUGGCGCGCGAGACGAUGGGGAAUCCGAAAAGUAUAGACGACAUAAACGCCAUGGACUACGAGGAUUUCAUAAGCCACUUUGGAAACGUCAUCGAAAACUGCUCGUUGAUUGCCGCCGCAGUGUGGAGGUUCCGGCCCUUUAGGGAUGUGGUCCACCUUCACGAGGCCCUGUGCUCCUUCGUCGACGAUCUACCUGUCUCAGGCCAGGAAGGAAUCCUGCGCUCGCACCCUGAUCUGGCCGGGCGCGUGGCAGCGGCUGGCGCUCUCACCGCCGAGUCGACCUUGGAACAACGGUCAGCUGGUCUCUCUCAGCUGACGGCAGAAGAGAGAGCAGAGCUGACGAAUCUGAAUGAGAGGUACCGUGGAAAGUUCGGAUUCCCCUUCGUCGUGUGCGCGAGACAGAACAAGAAGAACAGCAUCUUCGAGGGCAUGCACGUCCGCCUCAACAACUCGGCUGAGGAGGAGGUGGCCAAGGGCGUACAAGAGGUGAAGAAAAUAUGCUACCUGCGCCUCUUGGAUCUGGUAGUUCACGAGGCGAUCGAGAGUAAAUAUUAGAACGUGAGACCUUUUUCCUUCUGAAACUCUUGUAAAUCUGAUCGUGAGACUGCUGUGAAAUUUACUUUAAGACUUUAUGAGCGUAAUAAAGGAUCUUGGCGAA